UCAGUAAAACCAGGGAGCCGUUUCACAGUAGAGGCAGAAAGCAUCGAGACAGGAUCCGAGCAGCCGCCGUCCGGGAGACAGGCUGCAGCAUGACUGAAAUGGAGGAGCAGGCUGGAUGACUGAAUAACAUUAGCCGCCUUCUGAGGGAUAAACGCUGCUGCUGGCUGUAUUAACGAGGGAGCUGACUCAGCGGUUUAUACAGCAGAGCUGUGAGAGUGAUUGACCCCCUCAACACAUCUCUAUUAGGGUGCUUCAAUAACACAGCCAUGCCACCCCCAGUCGACAUCGUGAAAGUGGCUAUUGAAUGGCCUGGUGCUAACGCUCAGCUUAUAGAGAUGGACCAGAAAAGACCUUUGUCCUCAAUAAUACGGGAAGUAUGUGAUGGCUGGUCUUUAUCAGGCUCCGAGCAGUUUGCUCUGCGUUAUGCUGAUGGCCCUCAGCUUUAUAUUACUGAGCAGAGCCGUGGUGAAAUCAAGAAUGGGACCAUCCUUCGAUUAGCCAUUUCACCUGCUCGCGCUGCCCGUCAGCUCCUGGAGAGGAUCCAGUCCCACGGUAUCGAUGCUCGUCUGGAGGCUCUGAAAGAGCUCGCCAAGCUGUCUGCAGACCCAACCUUUGCUGCAGAGUUCAUCAAUAUGGAGGGCAUUGGCACGCUGGCGCGUCUUGUUGAGAGUGGAACCCACUUUGGUGAAAUGCUGGCCUUCACUCUCACUGCUUUCCUGGAGCUAAUGGACCAUGGCAUCGUGUCCUGGGACCUGAUCUCCCUGUCCUUCAUCAAACAGAUCGCAGGCUAUGUGAACCAGCCGAUGGUGGAUGUGUCCAUCCUGCAGCGCUCUCUGGCCAUCCUGGAGAGCAUGGUCCUCAACAGCCACAGCCUCUACCACCGGGUGGCGCAGGAGAUCACCGUGGGACAGCUCAUCGGGCACCUGCAAGUGUCUAACCAGGAGAUCCAAACCUACGCCAUCGCCCUCAUCAAUGCUCUUUUCCUGAAAGCACCAGAGGACAGACGGCAGGAGGAGUAUACUAACCCGCUGGAGCAGCACCUCACUGAAAUGGCAAGCACCUUGGCUCAGAAGCACCUGCGAUCUAUCAUCCUCAAUCAUGUUAUCAGAGGAAAUCGACCAAUCAAAGCAGAGAUGGCACAUCAGCUGUAUGUGCUGCAGGUAUUGACCUUCAACCUUUUGGAAGAACGAAUGAUGACCAAAAUGGAUCCCAAUGACCAGACUCAGAGGGACAUCAUUUUUGAGCUGCGAAGGAUUGCUUUCGAUGGAGAAAACGACCCCACUGGUACAGAAAAGAGAAAGGCCAUGUACACCAAGGAUUAUAAGAUGCUGGGGUUCACUAACCAUGUCAACCCGGCCAUGGACUUCACCCAGACUCCUCCUGGCAUGCUGGCUCUGGAUAACAUGCUGUACCUGGCUAAGGUUCACCAGGACACAUACAUCAGGAUUGUCCUGGAGAACAGCAGCCGCGAGGACAAGCAUGAAUGUCCCUUCGGCCGGUGUGCCAUCGAACUCACUCGAAUGUUGUGCGAGAUCCUCCAGGUCGGAGAACUGCCUAAUGAGGGCUGCAACGACUACCACCCCAUGUUCUUCACUCAUGACCGGGCUUGGGAGGAGUUCUUCUGUGUCUGCAUCCAACUGCUUAAUAAAACCUGGAAGGAGAUGAGAGCCACAGCUGAGGACUUCAAUAAGGUGAUGCAGGUGGUCCGUGAGCAGAUCACCAGGGCUCUGGCCAUGAAGCCGUCGUCUUUAGACCAGCUGAAGAAUAAACUGCGAGGUCUCAACUAUUCAGAGAUUCUGCGUCUGCGGCAGUCAGAGAGAAUGAGCCAAGACGACUUCCAGUCUCCCCCCAUCAUUGAGCUGCGGGAGAGAAUUCAGCCCGAGAUCUUAGAGCUCAUCAAGCAGCAGCGACUCAACCGGCUGUGUGAGGGGAGCUGUUUCCGCAAACUGGGGAACCGCCGGAGGCAAGAGAAGUUUUGGUUCUGCAGACUCUCACUGAAUCACAAAGUGCUGCACUAUGGAGACCUGGAUGAGUCACCUCAGGGUGAAGUGCCUUUUGAGCUACUGAGUGACAAGAUCCCCAUCUCUGACAUCAAGUCUGUGGUGACCGGGAAGGACUGCCCUCAUAUGAAAGAAAAAAGUGCUCUGAAACAAAACAAGGAGGUGCUGGAGUUAGCCUUCUCUGUCCUCUAUGAUCCGGAUGAGACACUCAAUUUCGUUGCACCCAACAAAUAUGAGUACUGCAUCUGGACUGACGGGCUGUGUGCGCUGCUGGGCAAAGAGAUGGGCAGUGACCUGACACGCAGUGACCUAGAUACUCUCAUCAGCAUGGAGAUGAAGCUCCGCCUCCUCGACCUUGAGAACAUCACCAUCCCAGAAGCCCCGCCCCCCGUGCCGAAGGAGCCUAGCUCGUAUAACUUCACCUACAACUACAGUUGAGAUGUGUGCGUGUGUGUGUUUGCAGUGCAUGUGUGUGUUUGUCAAGGAUGGGUACACUCGAUCUUUUGAUGAAUUCAGCUGCACCCGAGAAGGGACACUUUGAAUAUUUUUUUUUUACAUUUCAGAACCUUGGAGACUUUUCUCCAUCCGUGUUUGUGAUGCUGUACGGUUCGUCAAAUAGGAGAAAUGUGUUUAUAGCUUCACGGGAAGUUCAGAGGUCAGGGUCCACUACAGAGCAGCACGGCUGGAGCUGGCAGGGAUUCAGUGAGUGAAUCUCAUUUAUCAGUGCAGUCUCCAGGCAACAUCUAGAUUUAUAUUUCCCAUUCUUUGCUGUUUAAAGGUACAAACCUGCUAUAAAGUUAAGGGAUACUGUGCCUGAUGGGGAAUAUGGAUAAAAAGCUGUACAAAUCUGCAAUUUUUUUAGGCAAAUUGUGGCUUAACUGGUCAGUAAAAUCAUGCAUGUGUUCUCUCUGGCAGCAGAAGAUGAAGUAAAGCUACCUUUCCAGUUGUAAUACUGUGUUUACUUUGAUUCAGUCUGUCCUCCGACAUGACAGACGUUCAGUGAAACGUCACACAGGGUAGAGUGAGUGGGUUUGCACACUCACACACUCCUGGAAUAAUUCAGACAGUGUCUUGCUCAAGGUCUCAAGUUAAUGUCGGGGGGAUCAGACGUGAGGUUUCCUCUUCCUGAUCAGUACACUAUGCUGCUGCCCAUCAAGGUCCCAUUAAUGUUAAGGAAAACAUGCUGAAAAUCAGUGAUAAAGUGAGGUUGAAUCGUAAUUUUAAACUCAUGUUAAUAAGAAACAGAUGGGAUGUAAAGAUGAUAUCUGAUACUUUUACUCUGUCCAUCAUACUGGGACUCAAAAGUUGCAACUAACUAUUAUUUUCAUGGAUCUCAAGAAUUGAUCAUUUUAUCUAUGAAAUAACAUAAACUAGAAGGAUACUUGGAGAGGGAAAAUCUCUGUCAAGGCCAAAUGUGAAAAAUGAUUUGUUUAUUCACCCUAUGAUUUGGUUCUACUUGAAAAUGUAAUGGGUACUUCCUCGGUCCAUGCUAUAACCUUCAACCAAGUUCCAGUAGUUUUUUUGUAAUCCUCAUUACAAACAAACAAACAAACCAAACCUUGUUUCGUCUGACUAAUAUCAUAAACAUAUGGAAAUUUUUGGCUUGUUUGCUUAAAAACAUUAUUUUCCUCAACAUUUUGAGGAUGAAUUUCCUGUCAAUUUACGAAUCAAUUGUUUCAGCUUACCAAAAGUGGUGCUGUCAUCAUUUAUCUUUUUACUGCUUGUGUUUCCUGAACAAUCAUGCUGCUUCAGAUCACUUAUCUCCUCUGACGAACAAACCUUUCAUAGUCUGUUAAACAGUCUGAGUAAGUACAGUAUAUCCCACUGAACUGAAACUGUUCAAGUAUAUGUGGUGCGAAGAUACCUUCUUUAUGUGUGUAUUUGUGUGUAUGUUUGUGUGCAGAUUUGGAGAUUUUAAUGUAGGUUCUUUAUGUCGAGAUGUAAGAAUUAAUCUCAAUAUUUCAUGAGCGUAAAGCUCUGGGCCAAAGCUCUAACGUGCACAUUGUUUUUUUCAACCAUAGUCACUGCAUUGCCUUAUCAGUCAAAGUCAUUAUAUAUAUUUUUUGGUAACAUUAGUGUUUAUAAGCAGUAAGAGAAUGGCCUAUGUAUUCUCCUAUGAAGCAUUCAUAACUGAUGUACUGGUGUAAUGACACUUAAUCAAUGUUUGAUAACAGUAAAACAUAGUUGAAAUAAUAUGUUAUCAUAUAUCUUAAAUAAUUAACAUUGAGCCGCAUAUUGGCUUACAGUAUAACAAUUUUACAGUGUGUUGUAAAAUCAACAUUUUGGGUCAAAUUAUUGACUUGAUAUAUUACUAUUAUUAGAUCAUUAUAUUGAUAGUGUAUUAUUAAGUGUUCAUAUAAUAAGCUGAAUAAUGUACAGCUAGUGGGUCAUUAUUGGAAAAUACAGGUUAAUCUCAAUAAAUUAGAAUGUCAUAGAAAGGUUUAUUUAUGUCAAUUCCAAAAGUGGAAAUAACACAUUAUAUAGAUCCAUUACACACAGAAUGAAACAUUUCAUGUCUUAAUUGAUUUAAUUUCUUCUUAUUAUAAUGAUUAUGGCUUACAUGUAAUGAAGACCUGCACUCAGUACUUGGUUGGGGCUAUUUGACUUGAACUACUGGAAAUGGACUUUUCCAUGUUAUUCUAAUGUAUUGAGAUGGACCUAUAAAAGCCUUCAGGGUGAUUCAACACCUGCUUUACCCUGUAGUUAUUUAUUUCACAAUAACGACCAGCUGGCUGUGCAUUAUUGCUUUCUUAUCAAAAAAUGAUAACUGUUACACCAAUUAUGAAUGCUUCAUUAGAGGAGUAACAGUUGUUAAGUAAGACAUCAAUAAACGCUUAAAACUGUCCUCAUGUCUACUACGACUACAUUAUAGUGUCCCAUCAUCCAUUUAUGAAUUGUUAAUACACUGCUUAUAAAUACUAAAUCAGGUGUAGGUUAGUAUAAAGUGUUACCAUAUUUGGAAAGAUUAUAGUGACAAGUUAAAGUGGUGUUUUUUUUUGGUGAAACAAACUUACCUGAACAUUCCAGCAGUGUUUGAUGGCCCUUGAGUUUGAAUGAAUCAGCAGUUUGCUCUUUUUCUGUCGCACUGCACGGGCAAAUGGGACAAAAGAGCAGCUCUGUUUUAGAAGUACAACCCUCAAAUGAUUGAAAGCAGGUCACACACAGCUGAGUGACGUGGCUGUGGGCAUCGGGAGCAUCCAGUGCUGCUCAUGUAUGAGCACACAGUAUUGUGCGCUUUGUAUACGGUGAUAUAAAUUAUAUACUGUUGCUUGAUGUCUUUUUCUUAUUUCCAUAGUGUCAUUGGUUUGUGUAUUUUAUUCACGUCACUUUUAAUGUCCUGUCAACUUCUAAACCUGUACUAACCACUACUGUCACUUGUUAAUGCAGAAUAGAAUUAUAUUUUUGUAAAUUGUACAAUCUUAUCAGCUGUGAAGAGAAAGGGUAUCGAGCUAACAGCAUUUUCACUUUGUAUCACUCUGUACAGUACAUUCAACACGCUCAUUUCUGUGUAAGGACAUUUCUCACUUAAAAAAAAUAUAUAUGUCACAUUUUUUAAAGUCACACAACCACAUAUUUCAUACUACAAUCACCUCAUGUCAUUUAGGAAUGACACCCACUCCAGCACCUAAUGAUGAUGUCAGUGUUAAUGUAUCUUAUAAUGGGAAUAAUGAAAAGUACCAUUACUGUUUAUGCUGUUUGUGAAAAGGAAUAUAUUUGAAUUUGUUUUCAAAUAAUGUUUUUGCGUUUUGCUUUUUACCUGAUGUGGGAGGUUGUAAAGGUUCCCUGUGGAGUUUUAGACCUCUAGUCCUGCUGUAGACCUUUUUUUCUAAGAGUGGGUCCCCUGUUUGUUUGUCUCGUGCACACAAACAAGAACACACAUGCGAUACACACACCUGCCAGUGGUUUCACUCUCCUCCGCUGACCAACAGGUGACAGUAAUUCACUAAAAAAUGCUGCAAUGCGCCAGAAAAGGCAAAGAAGACUGCAAGCGAUUUAACAUUGGUAUAAAAAAGUAUUUUAAAAUACUUAAAAAAUUUACUUUUACGACACGUCUACAAGGACACAUGCAUUUUGGUGAGUAACACUGAAUGUAAACUCAACUUUUGUUUACAAGAAAACUCCACAGGGUCCCUUUAACUGUUAAAUAAAACCGUAUUUUAUAUUCCAGCGAUUCAUCGAGCUGCAGCUAAAAUAUUUCAGCAACCACAAAAUACCAUGGUGAUGAAGGAUUGUUGCAUUGGAUGUACUAACACUAUGACUUGAAGUUUUCGCAUCUGGUACUCUUUUACAUGACUUGCUAAACUAUUUAUUUACACUUGCUAGUGAUAGUAAAGAAUGACAUGUUGUUGGAUAAGAAAUGACAACAUCAAAUCUAAAUAUGGUAUACAUAUAGAUCAUUGUAUGUAUAUACAGUAUUGUGUUGCCUUAUUGAAGAAAAUGUAUUAUGUUUUGUGUGAAUAAAUACAGUGUCUAACUACUGUUGAACCAA